CAUAACCUAAUCCACCGAUAACAACCUCGAGACGAGUCGGAACAAGACCAGUCUCAGGGCUCACCAUACUCAAUGAGCGUGCAGCGCAAUGUCAGAGCGCUCUGGGCAAACAGCAAAGGGGAAGGAUGGCAAAACCAAGUAUGCGUCUCUCAACCUGUUUGAUACCUACAAAGGAAAGAGCCUUGAAGUACAGAAGCCUGUUGUUGCCCCUCGUCAUGGCUUGCAGUCUCUUGGUAAAGUUGCCUCUGCACGGCGCAUGCCCCCCCCAGCCAACCUGCCCAGUUUGAAGGCGGAGAACAAAGGCAACGACCCCAACGUCUCGCUCGUUCCCAAAGACGGCACAGGAUGGGCAAGCAAGCCAGAAUCAGCAGACCCAAAGAGUACCGAUGUAUCGUCAGCACCGCAGCCGGAGUCGCAGCAGCCUGCGGCUUCACAGAUGCCUGCACCGAGCCUGCCGAGAACUCCUCCAGCUCAAGAGGCCCAAACUCCAGCUAUAGCCGCAGGGCCAAGGUCCUGGGCUCCGGCCAGUGUUACACAUGGAGUACAAGGAGAUGGUGGAAAGGGAUCAAACCAACCGUCGCCAUUCUCUCGCGAGGAAUUUCCCAGCCUGCAGGCGGCGGGAGACCAGGACAAAGCUGGCAAAGAACAGGCCACUGCAGAUCAGUGGUAUGGGCCAGGACCAAGCCUCCGCCCCCAGAAUGUGACGAGUUGGCGGGAUGGUGGGGGCCGCGCACUGGCGCCCACCAUAGCAGGGGAGGGGGUAGUGGAGGGUGGUGUUGGGGGAGCCAUGGGAAUGGAGGGUGCAGCUGGGGCCGCCCUCCUUCCAAAUCCCUCCCAUGGACCCACCCUCCCCCUCCCCCAGCCUCCGGUUGGCCCGCAGUUCCCUCCUUACAGAGGACUCAUGCCUCCAUUUAUGUACCCACCAUACUUGCCCUUUCCACCGCCGUUUGGUCCACAAGGGCCGUACGGGUAUCCACCACCCAAUGAGGCCCCUAGAUUCUCUCGUUCGCAGGGUGGGCCUGCGCCAGAGGGGAGGCCACCUGGUGGCCCCCGUGGGGAGGUGGUUAAACGCCCUUCCAUCCUAAAGCAGGAUGACCUCAAGGAGCUGGAUGAGCUAGACCAUGAUGGAGAUGAAGGAUGGGCUGGUGCACAAGAGGAGAUUGACUACUCAGCCAAAUUAAAGUUCAGCGAUGAUGAAGGUGAAGAUGAGGGGGAUGAAGAGGAGACUGAAAGCAAGAAUGGAAUUCUGGAACAAAGGGAGCAGCAGAAAUCCCAAGACGGACCUGCUCCGAGUUCACGUUCCCGGACGUCUGAGAGCGUCUGA